UCCUUCGCAUUGUACCACCCGCCAAACUGAUGUGAGGACUUAAGCCAGGGUUUAAGCCAAAUUCGUCUCCCCCAAUUUUCUCUCUCCAUGUAAUCUCUUCAGCUUCUCUUUCAAUGGAGUUUCAUACCUCCUCAUUUCUAGCCAAACCCCAUUUUCCAUCCUCAAUCUCACCUUUCUUACCUCCAUCUUCACUCACAACUCUCACCAAGAAAACCCCUUUUAAAUUCCGCAAAACCCACCUCAAAUCCUUCCCAAACCCACCUUUUUCGACUAAUUUGCCACUCCAAAAAACCAAAAAAUCUCACAUUGCUGCUCGUUUCGGCCGACCCACAAAGCGCAGGAACUCUCUAAGGAAGAAGCUCACUGGUGGUGACUCACAGGUGCGUCAAAACCCUCAAAACAUUAUUGACCCAGUUCAUCAUUUUGUUGAUAAUCAAGUUUCUGAUUUGAAUUUAAGUAGUGAUAGAUUGGAAAGGGUUACUGGGGAAAUUGGUAGUUCUCAAAUUGAUUUUGAAAGUAGUAAUUUAGGGAAUUCUAAGAAAUUUGGGGAAUCUGUUUUGUGGAAUAAAUUGGAGGGUUGGGUUGAUCAGUAUAAGAAAGAUAUUGAGUUUUGGGGAAUUGGGUCUAAUCCUAUUUUCACUGUUUUUCAAGACUUUGAUGGUAAUGCUGAGCGAGUUGUGGUUGAUGAGGAUGAAAUUUUGAAGAGGAGUGGAGUUGAGCCGUUGUAUUAUAAGAAAGAGAGUGAUUUAGGAGAUUUUUAUGAAGUGAAUUCGAAGAUUUCGCAUGCCAAGUUUUUAGCUAAAGAAAUAGAGAGUGGGAAGAAUGUAAUUCCUAGGAAUAGUUCUGUUGCUAAAUUUGUGGUUUCUGGGGAGAAAUCUGAUGUUGUUAGUAGAAUUAGGAGCUUGAUUGUCCCGCCAAAGUCACUAGCAAAGGCCUCAAAGGUUGGCAUUGCUGUGGUUUGUGGUUUUGCAUUUGUUUGGAUGAUCAGAAAGUUGUUUAGUUUAGGAGGAAAGGAGACGGAGAUGUCGAGUUUUGAGAAGGAAAUGUUGAGGAGAAAGAUGAAGUCGAGAAUGGGGAAGGAGAAGGUGCAGAAGGGUAGUGUUGAAGUCAUGGAAAAACCAUCUGAAAUGCCUACUGUGUUCACUGAAAGGCCUAGUCUUGAUAAGGAGGAGGUGUUGAAUAGCAUUAGGGAAUCAAAAGGGUCAAAUAAUGGUCUGGUUGUUCAAGAUGUUGGUGGUGUUCGGGAGACUGCAUCCAUUGAUGUGGAUGUUAAGAUUCGGGAAAUACAGAUGAUGGCAAGACAUGCACGUGAGAUUGAGAAAGGAGAAAGCUCUCCAAGUGAAGGGGGUGAAUUGGAUGAACAAGCACCCAAUAUUUUAAGUGAAGAAUCUACAGAGGAACUUGAUGAAGAUGUUUCAGAGGAACAUGAUGAAGGUGACACGAAUCCCACGAAUAAAGUUUUAAGUGAAGAAUCUGCAGAGACAAGGAUUUUCAAUGGCGCUCUAGGGAUGGAAAUCUUAGGCAACCACGAAAAACAAAGUGGCAGUUCUCAAUUCAUCAGUAAAGAGGUUUCUGAGGGGAAUGAGGAUGUGGAGCCCCAUAGCAUUUCGAAUGGUAGGAUUUCGAAUGGUGAUUCAAAAACCCAAGCUAAUAGUCUUAUUCAGAGCCAUGAUAUUUUAAGUUCAUCAAACUUAACUGAAGGGAGCCAACUAAACCCAUCAAAGAAAACACCUGUGAGAAGGAAACCAAAAAUCAUACGCUCCGUAAAAGAAGCUAGAGAGUAUCUCUUGCAGAAACAUGAUAAAGAAUCUCGAGUUGGUGAUAUUCCUACCACAGCUGCUGCAGAAGAUGAGAGAAUGGACAAUUGUUUCAGACAGAGGCUAGAAGAGGGUGACAAGGCAUUAAAAUCUUUUGAUGCAGACAGGGAAGUGGACUCCGUCCCUGCUCUUAAAGUUUCUGGGUAUUAUGCUGUAAAAAGAAAUGAUGGUUUGGCAACUGAUACUAAUGGAUUAAAGCUAGAAGCAGAUACGAGUAGUAUAUUGUCGCAGAACAGACUUUCUGAUCCACCAAGUGUUGAAAACUCAGGUGUCGAUAGUGCAGUAAAUUUGGUUAAAACUAUGAAGAUUAGUGAGAUGUUCAAGCCCAGUGAUUCACGUGGAAGUUCAAACUUUAUUCCUGGUGAAAAUGAUGUAUUGGAUGCUAGUCCAGAAGCAAAUAAACCCCACUUAGCUGAACUAAGAUCGGAAGAAGUAGAUACAUUGGACGGAACGCCCAAGCCUACUGAUCUGAGUAAAACAUCAGACCUUGAUUCUGGACGAAAUGCAUUUCAUAAUACCAAUAAGUUGACAAAAGAAGCAGGUGUUCCUUAUGAAAAUGUCAUCGAUGAUGCCAAUCUACAGAAAAAGGUUUAUCUCUCUAAUGGCAAUGGUAAUGUCAAACAUGAUGAAAUGAAUAAAACACCCAAUCCUACCAAAGAGAGUGAGAUCGUUGUUCCUGCUGCUGUUAGAAGAGAUCUAGAUGGUUUUGAUUCCGAGAAAAAAGAAUUUCUUCCAAGAGAGAUAAAUGAUGAAAUUGAUCACAAAGAAGAGUUGUUUGCUAAUAAAGAGAAUUGGUUGGAGAAAAACUUUCAUGAAGUCGAGCCUAUUGUGAAGAAAAUAGGUAGUGGAUUCAGGGACAAUUACAAUGUGGCUAGAGAGAAAAUAAAACAGGAGGUGGAUACAGAAUUGGACUUGAUGACACUUGGGUCUAUUACGAAUGACACCGAGCUUGAGUGGAUGCAGGAUGAUAAACUUAAAGAAAUCGUUUUCAGAGUUCGAGAUAACGAGUUGGCUGGGCGAGAUCCCUUCAAUUCUAUGGACCCUGAAGACAAAGUUGCAUUUUAUAAGGGCCUUGACAGUAAAGUUGAAAAAGUGAAUCAGGAAUUAUCAAUUCUGCAUGAAUGGCUCCAUUCAAAUAUUGAGAAUGUUGAUUAUGGAGCAGAUGGUAUCAGCAUAUAUGAUCCACCAGAAAAGGUUAUACCCCGAUGGAAAGGUCCACCACUGGAUAACAUUUCCGAAAUUCUGAAUAAUAGCGGAAAUCAACAACAGGUGGAAUCAUCUCUUCAAAAGGCGAAUGAAUCUACGAAAUCUGAUUCUAUUGAGACAUCCCAGGAAGCCUCUACCUCAAAUUCACCCAGCAGAGAAAAGAUAUCUAAAAUUUCAAAGACUGUAAUAGAGGCAAGUGAUGGUUCAAUUAAACCUGGCAAAAGGUCUGGGAAAGAGUUCUGGAAGCACACAAAGAAAUGGUCUCGUGGAUUUGUGGAAUCCUAUAAUGCAGAGGCUGAUCCGGAGGUGAAAUCUGUCAUGAAGGAUAUAGGGAAAGAUUUGGAUAGGUGGAUUACUGAAAAAGAAAUAAAAGAUGCAGCUGAUUUGAUGGAUAAAAUUCCUCAAAAGGGCAAGGAGAACAUAGAGAAAAAGUUAAGCAAACUAAGGAGAGAAAUGGAAAUGUUUGGACCACAAGCUGUAGUAAGCAAGUAUCGCGAAUAUGCUGAAGAGAAGGAAGAAGAUUACUUGUGGUGGUUUGAUCUUCCUCAUUUACUGUGCAUUGAAUUGUAUACAUAUGAUGGCGAAGACCAAAGGGUUGGAUUUUAUUCAUUAGAAAUGGCUAUGGAUCUUGAGCUCGAACCAAAGCCUCGUCAUGUGAUUGCCUUUGAAGAUACUAGUGACUGCAAGAACUUUUGUUACAUUAUACAAGCUCAUUUGGAGAUGAUUGGCAAGGGAAAAGCAUUCAUUGUUCCACAACCUCCCAAGGAUGUUUUUCGACAAGCUAAAGGAGAUGGCUUCGGUGUAACUGUAAUUAGGAAAGGGGAAAUAAAGCUCAAUGUGGAUCAAACACUAGAAGAGGUGGAGGAGCUGAUUACUGAAAUUGGAAGCAAGAUGUACCAUGAUAAGAUCAUGCGAGAGCGCUCUGUUGAUAUAAGCUCCUUGAUGAAGGGUGUCUUAGGUGUUAGUCCACCCUCUAAGAGGAAAAGGAAAAAGCGAGCUCGGAAGAAACCCAGUAAAUCAUGAACACUACCCUUCAGAAGUUUGUAUUGAACAAUAUCAGCUAAUUUUUUAUAUCAGGAUUUUAAGGAAAUAUGGAGUGUCACCUUCAUUUCUUGUUCAGCAUUGGACUGAAGUUUGCCAACAGGGGAGGCAACAUAAUGUCUCAAACAACAGCUUUGGAUGCAGACUGACCAACAAAGUUGUCACUCUAAGUAUUGCCUUGUAAAAUAGAUGUGAGGAUUCUUCCUUCAUUGUAUAGAUAGAUAAACAAGAUGCAAUCCAUCAUUGUCAAUUAUACAAGUUUCGAAAUUUCAAUCAAAUCUUGUUGCAUAUAACUACA